AUGGCCGAAGAAGAAGAUUUCAGUUCCCUGCCGCUCCCCGACCGUUUCGUACACAAGAACUGGAAAGUACGGAAAGAGGCAUACGAGGCCGCCGCCAAAGAAUUCAGUCUUGCUGCCAGCGAAUCAGACCCCGUCGUGCGCCAAUUCAUAAAUGAUGCAAGCAUAUGGAAGGGCGUCGUAGGCGACUCCAACGUCGCAGCACAGCAAGAGGGUCUUGGUGCGCUAUGCGCCUUUCUCGACAUAGCUGGCCAGCAAGGCUGCUCACGGACGCGGAACAUUACCAUCGCGACCAUCGCCGAAAAGGGCCUACCGUCUACGAGACCGGCCGCCAAGCAGAAGGCCCUCGAGGCACUGAUGCUGUACAUUGAAACCGACAAGCCAGAUCCAGUCAUUGAAGAGCUGCUACCCGUCCUGGGAAACAAGCAACCCAAAGUCAUCGCCGCAACCCUCGACGCCCUCACCCAGAUAUACCAUGCAUACGGAUGCAAGACCAUCGAGCCCAAGCAGGUUCUCAAGUUGCUACCCAAAGUAUACGGCCAUGCGGACAAGAACGUGCGCGCGAAGGCGCAGGAGCUGACGGUUGAAUUCUACCGAUGGCUGAAAGAGGCCAUGAAACCGCUCUUCUGGAACGAUCUGAAGCCGGUCCAGCAGCAGGAUCUCGACAAACUGUUCGAAAAAGUCAGAGACGAGCCCCCGCCAAAGCAAGAGCGCCUGCUCCGUUCCCAACAGGCCGCCAAGGAAGCCGCCGUCGCUGCGCCAGGCGGCGACGACGAGUGUGAAGAGGAGGAGGACGCAGCCAUUGAUCUCGAGCCUGAAUACGAGGCUGUUGACGUUUUCGCGAAGAUACCCAAGGACUUCUCCGACAAGCUCGCAUCAUCGAAAUGGAAAGAUCGAAAGGAGACUCUGGACGAGGUGCAGAAAGCCCUCGACCAUCCAAGGAUAGCAGAAGGCCCAUUCGACGAAUUGGUGCGCGGAUUUGCGAAGAGCAUGAAAGACGCCAACAUUGCCGUUGUCAUCACAGCCGCAAACUGCGUUGAGCUUCUAGCAAAGGGCUUAAAGAAGAGUUUCCAAAAGUACCGCAAAGACGUUAUGAACGCCAUGAUGGAGCGACUCAAGGAGAAGAAGGCGACCGUGACCGAUGCUAUCGGAGCCGCCCUAGAUGCAUCGUUUGCUUCUACCAGCUUUCAGGACUGCUUAGAGGAGAUUCUCGAGUUUCUGAAGCACAAGAACCCGCAGGUCAAGCUUGAGUCGUCGAAAUUCCUGAUCCGAUGCUUAAAGAACACCCGCGAAGCACCAACCCCUGAACAGGCCAAGGCCAUUGCUGAGGCCUCCACAAAGUUGCUCACUGAGUCGCAAGAGGUUCAACGUUCAGCCGGUGCCGAGACGCUCGGUACGCUUUGGAAGAUCAUGGGCGAUCGCAUCAUGAAUGCCCAUCUUGAUGGCCUGGAUGAAAUCCGCAAGACCAAGAUUAAGGAGUUCUUUGAUGCUGCCGAGGUCAAAUCCAAAUACAAGCCAAAGGCGGCCCCUGCACCCAAGCCUGCUGCCGCUCCACCAUCGAAGAAGCCGAUGGGUAAGCGACCCGCGCCUGGCGGUGUGAAGAAGGCAGCCCCUGCACCUAAACCUGCUCCCCCUCCACCCGCGGAGGAACCGUCCGCACCGCUCGAGCCGAAGCCGACAUCGAGGCCCACGCCCAAGCUGGGUACCAAGCCUGGUCUUGGUGGGCCAUCAAGGCUAGGAGGGUUGAAGAAGCCAGGUUCGGGUCUCGCAGCCCCUUCGCCGCGGAAAUCGGUUGUAUCGCCACCUCCUGAGGAAGAAGCACCACCACCACCGCCCAAGUUUGGUGCAGGACGUGGUCUGGCAGGCCGUCCCCUCGGAAAGCCUGCCGCGGAACCCGUUGCAGCAGCUCCAGUACCACAGGCGCCUACUGGGUUAAGUUUGGUGGAGCGAGCAGAGCUAGAUGAGCUUCGAGCAGAGGUUGAGCGAGUGCGACGACAAAACGAAGACUUGCGUAGUGAGCGGACGAAGCUCACUUCCCAAAUCCAUGAGCUACAGAACCAAAAUGCUCAGCUCAUCGAAGACCACACGCGCGACGUCCUCUCCAUCAAGGCAAAAGAAACACAGCUUGUCCGUGCCCGCUCAGACUUUGAAGCAUCAGAACAGACAGUUCAAAACCAACGCCGAGAAAUCGACCGCUUGAAGCGUGAACUCAGCCGCCAAGUGCGAGCCUCAUCUCCGCCAGCUUCCGACGUUGCCGACCAGAUAUUUGCCGAUAAUGGCAACGGCGCACAGUUCGGCGACUCUGGGUACGGCAGUCGAGGAAUGCAUGCCAGGCGAGAGAGGAGUUUCAAUGUGCCUACAAGCCCAGGCGGUGACGGUAAGGAGAAUUUUGAUUCCUACUCUCGUCCCGCCAGUGUUUUGAGUGGCAAGCUGAGUCCACGUUUAGAUGGUGCUUCUGGCAUGUCAUCGUUUUCUUCACGAGGUGGCGGUCGCAUGAGCCCUGCAGAGAACGGUCUCAGUCAUCGAGGACAGUCACAAGCCGCUUCCGGUGCUGAAAGCUGGAAACGUGCUGCAGAGGUAACUCAGAACCUCAAGCAGAGAAUUGAGAUGAUGAAGGCCAAGCAAGGCAUCGGACGUCCAGCGCAAUAA